UGCGAUUCUUGGAUUUGAAAGCGAGCACUUCUCUGGCCAGGCCGGCUGGCUGCAUUUGCAUUCCACUACCACUAGCAUUGGCAAAGGGCGAAUGUAUUACGGCGCUUGCUGCACGAAAUCCACUCUCUCUUUCUCCGCGCACCGCAGACUGCUACAGGUGCUCUGCCACUAUUUGUUGAUGUCUGCAGAACGUAUGUGCCUACUCCUCAGGGCAUCCCCGGCGCUAAGACUGGGCGGAAGGGCCAGGCGUUUGAGUGCUAGCAACAUUUGAAAAGUGCUGAUUCUUAAUGCAUUGAGUGCAGCCCUUGAGUGCUUAUAAUCCUGAGCCUUUACCACCACAAGCACGCGUGAAUGGAUCCGCUCGCUGCUGUGAGGACCUCAACAGCUUGGGUGGUGGAUCAAGCAAAACAUGUGACCAUCAAUGAUGCAGCAAUCAAUGCUGCGGCCAAGCACCUCAGCGCACAGUCAGUACCAUCAGUGGUAUGGAACAGUGAUGACAUGCACUACAGCGAUGGAGGGCCGCUGACGGUGCAAUACUUGUUUCUCCUUGAUGCGCUGAACUUCUGCUUCUGGCCAGACUCAGAGUUUGACUACGUCCAUCUCGCUAAAGGGCUCAAGGCGUCCCUGGAGAAGGACAAGGCCUGCUUGGAUGCAGAUAAGCUGGCGGCGUGCGAUGGAUUGAUGCUCCGCAAGCUGGUUCAGUGGAAAACCGAACUGCCUGGAGAGGAGGAACGAGCCCGCUUGGUCAGAGAGGUUGGAACGGGUCUCCUCUCCUCUUUCGAAGGUCAAGCAGCAAACCUGGUCAGGGCGGCCAACAACUCUGCAGCGCAGUUGGUGACCUUGGUGACAGCGCAUUUCCCAGGCUUUCGUGAUCACUGCGUUUACAGAGGAAGGCAAGUGUUCCUCUACAAGCGCGCACAAAUUUUCGUUGGGGACGUGUGGGGAGCUUUCGAAGGAAGAGGCCUGGGAUCCUUCAACGACAUUGAAGCGCUGACAAUGUUCGCAGACUACCUGGUUCCAGUCGUGCUGAGAGAAUGGAAGAUCCUCGAUUACGACCAAGUGUUGGCAACGAGGGUAAAGGAAAAGGAAGAGAUUGAGCCAGGAUCCGCGGAGGAGGUAGAGAUCCGAGCAGCGACCAUCUUAGCAGUUGAGAGAUUGCGGGAAAGUGUAGCAAAGCAAAUAAAACAGGAGGUCCUCAGUUUACAGAUUGACUGGUGGCUGUGGCAAUAUGGAGAAGACAAUAGGAGCCGAUUGGAACCACAUCACAGGACAAGAACGAUAUACUAUUAGAAGGCCACCGAUACGAUAGCUUCGUUGAGUGUCUUUGCACGCUGCCCGUCUUGGUCUUGGCGACAUGCUCCUUGGCACGAGUUCGGUGUUCAUAGGUCAUCUACUUCUCGGCACAUGCUCUGGCAGAUUAGUCAAGAUCAGAUCACCUUGAUUGUUGAUCAACGUCGAAUGUCCAAAGCAGGUCGUUGAAAUGCAAAUUGAUGUUGUCAGGUUGAGUUGCUAAUUUGAAGGUGUUUGUCUAGCUGCUCAUGUAGACGAAAGCAUGACUAUGACCAUUUAGAUUGACUUGCUCAUAGAUCCUUGUAAGAUGACGCGGAGCUAGCUCAUUGUAUUGCCAAGCAUUGAGCAAUGGGCGCGCCUCAUUGGAAUCUGGC